CAAUAAGCACGUUGUUUUCUACAAUGAUGUUAUCAGUGUUUUAUAUUCUCACUGGUUUGAUAAUUUUUGGAUCUGUCGAUGCAUUGGAAAUCCUUGCUGUAGAGACUGCUUCCGCCAAGAGUCAUUGGAAUUUUAUGAGCGCAGUUCUCCGAUCUUUGUCGGACAAUGGUCAUAAUGUUACCGUAUUUACACCAUUUCUCGAUGGAAAUCGUGUCAACUAUACAGAAGUCUAUGUAGAAAUCCCAACAAACGUCGGAAUGAAUGCUAUAGAAUCGUUGAAUAUGUUUGGCGAACCAACGGCGAUGAUAUCAGUAAUAAUGAACAUGUCUCGUCAUUUUUGCAAUAUCAUUUAUGAACAAAAGGAUAUGCGAGAACUAUUAAGCAGCGGUAAAUCAAACUAUGAUAUUAUCAUCACAGAAGCGUCGACGUCGGAAUGUUCGUCCUAUGUAGCUUAUAAGCUAGACUUGCCAAUGAUAUAUGCAAUGCCUUCAUCAAUGAUCACCCACAUAGAGCGUACUCUAGUUGGAGACGUGUCAAAUCCAGCAACUGUAUCCCAUCUGAUGGCUAAUCACGCGGUACCUAGAACGUUUGCUCAACGAUUAUCAAAUGUUGUCCUCUUGGGUUUUAGUUUGUUUACACAUGAGCUUAAAGAAAUGGAACUGAAAAAAAUCGACGCACAACCAUAUGAUCUGGUGAAACCUAUAAAACCGUCUUUAAUGUUCAUGAACACCCAUUACAUUACCGAUGCACCAAGACCAACGCCUGCAAGUGUCAUAUCAAUCGGAGGAAUACAUCUGAACACUCCAAGAAGUAUACCAAAUGAUAUACUGGAGUUUAUUGAGAACUCACCACAUGGAGUGAUUUAUUUUACAUUUGGCUCAGUCGUAGCAAUGUCUACAUUACCAGAUCAUAUUCAAAAUGCAUUCAAAGAAGCUUUAGCACAAGUACCUCAGAGGGUAUUAUGGAAAUACGAAGGAGAAAUGAAAGAUAAACCAAAAAAUGUAAUGACAAGUAAAUGGUUUCCUCAGCGUGACAUACUUUUGCAUCCCAAUGUAAAAUUAUUUAUUAGUCACGGAGGUAUAUCUGGUGUAUAUGAAGCUGUAGACGGAGGUGUUCCCGUUCUUGGAUUUCCCCUAUUCUACGAUCAACCUAGAAACAUAGACAAUUUAGUUGAAGCAGGGAUGGGAAUUUCUAUGGACCUGUUAACAGUAGAAAAGGAUGAGCUAUUAAAAAAUAUCUUAGAUCUCACUAAUAAUGAAAAAUACGCGAAAAAUGCUAAAAUCACCUCUGAAAGAUUUAAAGACCGACCGAUGUCACCAGCAGAAUCAGUCGUUUACUGGACGGAAUAUGUAGUUCGUCAUAGAGGUGCACCACAUUUAAAAUCUCACGCGUUGAAUUUGACGUGGUAUCAAUACUUUUUAUUGGAUAUUGUUGUUGUUUUGUUAAUUUUUCUUUCUUUAGUCAUUUUUGUUACUUAUAAAGUUUUUAAAAUUAUUUAUUUCUACUUUUUAAAAUAUCUACAAAAUAUCAAACCAAAGUUAGAAUAAUGUGAGCACUAUCAUCUUAUUAAAUUAUUUAAAUAUAUUACAUAAUAAAAUAAAUUUUUCACGUUGAUAGCUAUUAAAUUUAGAAUUAAAUAAAUAUGUAAUUUUAAAUGUAUUCAUCAACAUAAAAUAAUCACAUUUUUUGAAAAUUAUAUUAUUUAUGUUUUUAUAUCCUAAAUAUAUUAAACCCAAAAAAAAAAUUUGAGUUUCCAAUCCAAAGUUCUGAGGAGUAGUGAUGAUAUUAUCUAAUGCCUUACAAUUUUGUUCAUAAUGUCGCACUCCUUGAAGACUAACUUCCAGUAAAUGAGUAUUUAUGUAAAAAAAUUAGCUAUCAACCUCUUCAAUUACGUAAUUUUUGCUAGCAGUGUGAAUUACUUGACACUUAGUGACCCAUCACCUCUUCUGUACUUUAGUAUUGACGAUUUCACGAUCUUGUAUUUUUUUUUUUGAUCCUGUUAAUUGUAAAUAUUUAAAUUUAAAUGUAUUUUAUUAUUAUUUAAUACUUAUAUUAUAGUUAGCACAUAGAACAUUGUUAAUAACUGUAAAAUUAUCAUCCUAAUUGGCUUGUGACACUAUUAUUGUUAUCAAUUUUUGUAAGUCAAAAAUAUAUAAUUCUUUUAACAAUAAGUUUAGAUGUCAAUUAUAUGUUACUGAUGU